CUGGCACGGCAGUAGGAGGACUCUCUACUAGAUCACUUGGUGUACGCAGCACAGCUGCUGAGCGCGCUCCUGGAGGAACAGCAGUUGGUCAUGACACGCUGCGCAGAGGAACGAAGAAAACUUGCUGCUGAGUGGUCAGAGUUUCACACCCAGCAGAAACUGAGCAAGGAGCGAGCAGAGAAAGACAUUAGUAGAGUAAUAAUGGUGGAUUCCCAUAGAGAAGGAGCCAUUAUUAGCCUGGCUAAGGAACAGGCAGAGAUGAAAGUCCAGGCCAAUGAGCUUCGAAACAAAGAGGAGCAGCUCGCCUUAGCCAGGGAGGUGCUAGAGAAGGAGAGGCAAGAUUUGCGGCUUGAGAAGGAACGUGUGAAUGCCUCUGCCCUGCGUGUGCGGCAGAGAGCUGAGGAAAUAGAGAGUAUGAGCAAGCUUGCCUCACAACGGCAUGAGGAGGGUGAGAAGGCUUUGGCUGAGGCAAAAAGGGUGGAAUCUGAACACCUGGACCGGCUGAGGACCAUUCAACAACAACUGGAAUGGUUGAAGCAGCAGGAGGAACAUAUGCACCAGGCACGUAAAAAUCUAGCUGAUCAGAGGAGACAACUGAGCCAGCUUCAGCAGGGGCUGCCCACAAUGCAUUCACUGCUCGCUAACAGACACCUAGAAUCUCAGCAGAGCACAGCCCUGUCAGAAUCUUUUCAUCUGAAUGAAGAAUCACCAAUACUCGCUACAUCACUAGAGUUGUCUGACAGAAGCUUGGAAGUCAGAGGUGUGUCCCUUGCUGUACCCAAUGCAACACUUGCCAACCCAGAAAGCCAGCAGAGCAGAGGUCCUCAGACGUCUGAUUUCCACGCCAAGCUAGCCCUACUCAAAAUCUCUGCACAACAGGACAAGGACUUCCUAGAAGAUGAACAGAUUUUCUUGGAGGCUUUAAAGAAAUGUAACAUUUCCUGCUCCCACACUGUGUGAUGAAGAAGAAUCAAAUUGUCGUCAAAGACCGAAGCUUACAUGCUGGCUUCCCGCCCAUCCUCCAUAUGUCGUGGACUUCAUGUUGACUUCCCACCCAUCCUCCAUAAUACGUGUCUUAUUAUUUUGUAUCUUUUGUAUUUUUAUUAACAGCCUUUUUUACAUUA